AUGACCUGUGAUGCAACCGAGCACAAGAAAAGGAUAAAGGAACGGUCGCGUAAGAUGCUUCAGGAUGGGAUUUUAGAUGAGUGCAAAAAACUCAUGAGCAUUAUGGAAGGCGAGGGAGGCAUGGAUUUUCGUAGAGGCAUCUGCCAGAGCAUAGCGUACAAAGAAAUCAUUCCAAUACUCAAGGAAGCGGAAGAUAAGGACGUUGAGUUGGACGAUAGUACCAUCCAGCGUUGUGCUGAAGCACUAGACACAGCGACCUGGCAAUAUGCACGACGGCAAAUGACCUGGAUUAAGAACCGUUUUAAGACUGAAUCUGGGUUGAAAACCGUACUUCUUGAUACCACAGAUCUGUCGCGCUGGAAUGAGUCAAUCAUCGCAACUAUGGUCAACGAAAUAGUUCAAUGGCACGCAGCCGAUGCACCUGUAUAA